CCGGGGCUGAGCGUCUUCUUUGUGGCGUGCGUCUUCUACUACAUGGCGCUACCAGUCCGGCGGAUGCUGCCUGCCGCGGGCAAGAGCGUCCUCGUCACAGGGUGCGAUUCCGGACUUGGACACGCUUUAGCCAAACAUUUGGAUAAACAAGGCCUCCUGGUUUUCGCCGGCGUACUGAAUAGGAACGGGCCGGGGGCCGAAGAACUCCGGAGGGAUUGUUCUCCGAACCUUUGCCUGAUCCAGCUGGACGUCACCAACUGCGAGGAAGUCGCCGCAGCGUACUGUGAGGUCAGCGGCCGGGUGAAGGAUACAGGUUUGUGGGCCAUUGUGCACAAUGCCGGCGUCCUCCUCUACGUCGCAGACGGUGAAUUGCUUCCCAUGAACGUCUACAAGAAAUGCAUGGAGGUCAACUUCAUCGGCGUGGUGCAAGUCACCAAAAUGUUCAUGCCUUUGCUGCGCAAAGCCAAAGGAAGGCUGGUCACCAUAUCCAGCAUGGCAGGUCUUAAUCCUAUCCCGGGAUUUGCAGCUUACGCUGCAUCCAAAGCAGCCGUGACCAUGUUUUGUGCUGUAAUGCGUCAAGACCUCUUCAAGUGGGGGGUGAAGGUAUCAUCUAUCCACCCAGGCAGCUUCAAAACAAAUAUUUUCGGCUCUCGAGAUCUUUGCUCAAUCCAAGCGCAGAACCUUCUGGAGAACCUCAAGCCGGACGUCAGAGAUGAGUACGGAGAAGACUACCUCGACACUCUGAAGGAUCUGCACCAGAAAAUGUUGACGUCUUCGUCUUCGGACAUCUCCCCGGUCUUGGAGGACGCUCACCACGCUCUCUUGGCCCAACGCCCAUAUUCCACCUACACGCCUGGAAGACUCGCCUACCUCAUUCCUCUGAUAUUCCGUUGCUCCCCUAUUUGGGUUUAUGAUACCUUUGCAAAGCUGAUCUUCCCCGGCCACCAUACUAUCCUCCCCAGAUCACUAAGAACCUUUCACGAUAAUUAUAAGACUGACUUAAAAAGGGGGCGGGGAAAAGGACAUUUUCGGACUGGAGCCAGCCAAACACAAAGAACCUCUGAAAAGACCGCCAUGUUUUGGAUAAGUUGAUGCAA